GUCCCGGCCGCCAUUUCCUCCCAAGAUGGCGCCAGCAGCGGCCACCCCACCCCGGUGACCCCCGCUGUCCCCUCCGUGUCCCCCUCGCUGUCCCCUCACCGUCCCUCCCCUCAUGAGGGCAGCGCCGCCGCCAUUACCUGCAGCUCGGCCCUCUCCGCUUCCCAGCGCCCUUUCUCCGCCUCGAACCGCGCCCACUCGUGCUGGAUGAAGUGCAGGAUGCCCGGCAGGCUGAGGCCGCGCCACCGCGUGGUCACCUCGGGUAUUGCCACCACCACCACCACAGAACCGAGCGCAGCGACGCCGUCCAAUUAACUCACGAAUUAACGAACGAGCCGCCUAAUUAACUAAUUAACCGCUUGAUUCAUGCCUUAAUUAACCCCCCACCAUGAGAAUCACCCCCUGCCAAGCCGCCCUGGCCGCCGCCAUCACCCUCAACCUCCUCCUCCUCCUCUGCUCCCGCCUGCUCCCCCCCGCGUCCCCUCAGUGCCGCCACCCCCGGCGCGCCGCCGUCCCCGAGGCCGUGCCCGGUGUCACCGUCAUCCUCCGCGACUUCGACGGCCCCGACCACGACGUGGCCGCCACCGCCCGCUCCUUCUCCUCGCUGCCCGGCGUGGCCGUGCUGGUGGCGGCCGAGGUGUCCCCGUACCCUCCGGUGUCGCUGCCGGCCGGCGUCACCGUGCUGUCCCUUCGGCCGGAGCCUCACCGGCCGCCGCCGCGACCGGAGCUGGCCGUGCGCACCCGCCACGUGGCUUUGGUGCCGGACGGCGCCCGCGCCGCUCCCGGUUUGCUGAGGCGCAUGAGGGACGUUCUGGAAGCUUCCACGGACGGCGCCGUCAAAGCGGUGGCGGCGGCCGUGGGGCGGCGGCGGCCGCGUUGUUUGAGCUUGGAGGUGGACGUCAAAGCGUGGACGGUUCGCUACGGCCACGCCGACCACCAAAGUGUCCACCAUGAUGAUGAUGAUGAUGGUGGUGACCACCAUGAUGGUGAUGACCACCAAGGUGACCUUUGCGGCGCCCUCGAUGGCGCCCCGGCCGUUCUUCUCCUCCGCGCCCGCGACCUCUUUGCCCUUCCCUUCCCUCUCGCCCGCCCCGUCCUCACCUCGCUGUCCCUCCAAGCCGCCGCCCGCGGUUGGCGCCUCCUCCUCCUCCCCGCCUCCUCCUCCUUCCCUUCAUCCCCUCGUCCCCUCCUGUCCCCUCACGCCCUCUGGAGAUCCCAAAGCUCCUCGGACGCCCAACGCCGGGCGCUGCUGGAGAGGUUUGGGGUCAAGCUGGAGGUGCUGCCCGACGGCUCCCGGCGCUGGCACGGCUGCGCCAAGGACACCCCGCGCUGUUUCGGCACCGUGCGCCGCCAAACCCCCGAGUAUCUCCUGGCCGGGCGCUGGACGCCCCCGUGUUGCCUCCGGGCCCUGCGCGCCACCGCCCGCCACGUCCUGCAGCAGCUGGAAACAUCUGGAAUCCGCCAUUGGUUGGAAGGGGGGACCCUCUUGGGCGCCGUGCGCCUCGGGGACAUCAUCCCCUGGGACUACGACGUGGACGUCGGGUUGUACCUCGAGGACGUCCCCAAAUGUCCUUGGUUGGCCCAAGUGGUGGCAUCUGGAGGACCGGUGGAGGAUCCUCAAGGUUUCCUUUGGGAGAAAGCGGCCGAGGGGGAAUUUUUCCGCGUGCAUUUCAGCCGCGCCAAUCGGCUCCACGUGGACCUUUGGCCGUUCUACGUCCGGCCCGGCACGGCCUUGAUGACCAAGGACACUUGGUUGGGUCACAGGCAGGACGUGGAGUUCCCCGAGAGCCUCGUGGUGCCCCUGGGCACGGUGCCCUUUGCAGGCCUGGUGGCCAAAGCUCCCAACGAUCCCCGGGCAUUCCUGGAGCUCAAAUUCGGGCCCGGGGCCAUCGAGAACCCCGAGUACCCCAACCCCGGCCUCAGGAGGUUGGAGCAGGAUGUGGCCAAUAAAACCCGGCGGUGACAGUGG